AGAAGACCCGGAAAACAUUCCUUUAUUUUUUUCUAGACACGUAGCUAGCAACGAAGUUGGCGAAGUCCAGUGUUGAAUUGUUCAACGUUGCAGGUAACAACGGUUAGUAUUGCUUAGUCAAAUCCAUGUAACAGUAAAAACACGUUUAUAGCUUGAUUAAAUAUUGUAUCGAGGCCCACAUUCAUUUUAGCGUCGCGAGCCGCCUGAUCCCGCGAGUUUAACGUUACAUUAAAAGCUGCACGGAUAUCAAUGGUAACUAGCUAUUAUUUCCAGACUGAUACUAUAGGUAGGACAGCGGUGUGGUAAUCAGUCUGAUAAAUUACGAGGCUACAUUCCAUUUAUUAGUCUGCGCUAGCUAACUAGCUAGCCAUCGUUAGCUAUCCACCCUGACUGUCUGCGUUAAUUUAGCUAGGCAUCCAGCUACAUUUACAUUUACGUCAUUUAGCAGACGCUCUUAUCCAGAGCGACUUACAGUUAGUGCAUACAUUAUUCUUUUUUAUUUUCAUACUGGCCCCCCGUGGGAAUCAAACCCACAACCCUGGCGUUGGAAACGCCAUGCUCUACCAACUGAGCUACCUCCCUAGCUAACAUCAAAUAAAUUUGCCUAGUUAGCUAGCUAACGUUAAAUACCACAUUUUUAGUAAACUAGCUAACUAACCAGCUAGAUGGCAAAUGUUAUAUUUCAAAUAACAUUGCCCUACAUGUUUUACUAGCUUGCUAGCUAGCUAACGUUAACUGACCUAGCUAACGUUAGGUUAACGUUCUUUGCGUGGUUGUCAUGGCGCUGUAAAGUAGCCUAAACAAUGAGCUCUGUAAAUGUUGUAGCUACAUAUGUUGUGUUUAAGUGUUUGUUUGUUUCCUAAUCAGCGUUUUUGUUUUUAAUAAGUUGUUGUUUGGAUAUCUGGUUAUUUUUACCCACGGAGUUUCAGGACUGAUGUCAUGUUGACUUGUCUGGUUUGGCUAGCUAGCUGGCUAAAGUUUGCAUUUAAAAGAUGCAUCUCAGCACCAGCUUCUUGAUCAAUGAGACCAGACCCCAUUAUGGCAGAGAGGUCGUCGUGGGGAUGACUACUGUUCUAGACUGAUGUAUGGUGGGCCUUUUUUUGCGCUGUAGCAGCGGCAGAGGAAUCACCCACGUGGGCGCUACACGUCAGUUGUGGAAGAGUAUGAAGUCACCACAAUGGAAAUAAGUUGUCAAACUUUUGUCAUCUUCGAUGAUUUUAAAUGUAUUAUCCACAUGCGUGGUUGUAUUGUUUUACAUUGUCAUACAUGCAGUGCAUUUGGAAAGUAUUCAGACCCCUUGACUUUUUCUACAUUUUCUUACAGCCUUAUUCUAAAAUUGAUUACACACUACACCAUAAUGAGAAAGCAAAAACAGGUUUAGACGUUUUUAGCUAAUUUAUGAAAAAAAAAUAAUAAAAGAACCCUGGAAAUAUCACAUUUACGUAAGUAUUCAGACCCUUUACUCAGUACAUUGAAGCACCUUUGGCAGCGAUUACAGCCUCGAGUCUUCUUGGAUAUGACGCUACAAGCUUGUCACACCUGUAUUUGUGGAGUUUCUCCCAUUCUUCUCUGCAGAUCCUCUCAAGCUCUGUCAGGUUGGAUGGGGAGCGUCGCUGCACAGCUAUUUUCAGGUCUCUCCAGAGAUGUUCGAGCGGGUUCAAGUCCGGACUCUGACUGGGCCACUCAAGGACAUUCAGAGACUUGUCCCGAAGCAACUCCUGCGUUGUCUUGGCUGUGUGCUUAGGGUCAUUGUCCUGUUGGCAGGUGAACCUUCGCCCAAGUCUGCGCGCUCUGGAGCAGGUUUUCAUCAAGGAGCUCUCUGCACUUUGUGCCAUUCAUCUUUACCUCGAUCCUGACUAGUCUCCCAGUCACUGCCGCUGAAAAACAUCCCCACAGCAUGAUGCUGCCACCGCCAUGUUUCACCAUAGGGAUGGUGCCAGGUUUCCUCCAGACGUGACGCUUGGCAUUCAGGCCAAAGAGUUACAUCUUGGUUUCAUUAGACCAGAGAAUCUUGUUUCUCAUGGUCUGAGAGUCUUUUGUUGUCUUUUAGCAAACUCCAAGCGGGCUGUCCUGUGCCUUUUACUGAGGAGUGGCUUCCGUCUGGCCACUCUACCAUAAAGGCCUGAUUGGUGGAGUGCUGCAGAGAUGAAAACCUUCUGGAAGAUUCUCCCAUCUCCACAGAGGAACUCUGCAGCUCUGUCAGAGUGACCAUCGGGUUCUUGGUCACCUUCCUGACCAAGGCCCUUCUCCCCCGAUUGCUCAGUUUGGCUGGGUGGCCAGCUCUAGGAAGAGUCUUGGUGGUUCCAAACUACUUCCAUUUAAGAAUGAUGGAGGCCACUGUGUUCUUGGGGAUCUUCAAUGCUGCAGACAUUUUUUGGAACCCUUCCCCAGAUGUUUGCCUCGACACAAUCCCGUAUCUGAGCUCUACGGACAAUUCCUUCCAGCUCAUGGCUUGGUUUUUGCUCUGACAUGCACUGUCAACUCUGGGACCUUAUAUAGACAGGUGUGUGCCUUUCCAAAUCAUGUCCAAUCAAUUAAAUUUACCACCGGUGGAUUCCAAUGAAGUUGUAGAAACAUCUCAAGGAUGAUCAAUGGAAACAGGAUGCACCUGAGCUCAAUUUUCGAGUCUCAUAGCAAAGGGUCUGAAUACUUAUGUAAAUAAGGUAUUUCUGUUUAUUUUUAAUACAUUUGCAAAACUUUCUACGCCUGUUUUCGCUUUGCCGUUAUGGGGUGUUGUGUGUAGAUUGAUGGAAAACAAUUAUUUAAUACAUUUUAGAAUAAGGCUGUAACGUAACAAAAUGUGGAAAAAGUCUAAAACAAUAAGGCGACUAGCUAUACAAGGAGUACCAGUACCGAGUCAAUGUGCAGGUGUACAAGGUAGUUACGAUAAUAUGUACAUGUAGGUAGGGGUAAAAGUGACUAAGCAAUAAUGAUAGAUAAUAAACAGAGUAGCAGCAGCGCAUGUUAGUGUGUCAAUAUGUGGGUGUGUGGCGUCAAUAUGCAUGUGUGUGAGCAUAUUUAUAUGUUGGAGUGUCAGUGUAGUUCAUUGAGUGUGCAUAGAGCCGGGGUCUGAAUACUUUCUGAAUGCACAGUGUAUGUGUAUGUAUAUAUAUAUAUAUAUAUAUAUAUAUAUAUACCGUGCAUUCGGAAAGUAUUCAGACCCCGGCUCUAUGAACACUCAAUGAACUACACUGACACUCCAACAUACACUUAUGCUCACACAUGCAUAUUGACGCCACACACUUUCACACUCUUCACAUACGCUGCUGCUACUCUGUUUAUCUAUCAUUAUUGCCUAGUCACUUUUACCCCUACCUACAUGUACAUAUUACCAUAACUACCUUGUACACCUGCACAUUGACUCGGUACUGGUACUCCUUGUAUAGCUAGUCUAGUUAUUGUUUUAGUUUGCACAUGUUUGUUGCUUUUUAACUCUGCGUUGUUGGGAAAGGGCUCGUAAGUAUGCAUAUCACGGUGAAGUCGACACCUGACUUGUUGUAUUCGGCACGUGACAUAAAAUUGCAUUUGAUUUAGCUAGAACUUUGUUGGUUGGCUAGCUGGCCACUAGUUUAACUAGCUAAGUGGCUAGCUAGGUAAAGUCACAUCAAGAGGAAAUACCGUUGGAAACUAACAUUAGACAGCUAGGUAGCUAACGUUAGAGUUGCGUAGCUAGUUGGAUAGUUAGUUAACCAACCAGGUAUAUGUUUUCUGUAAUCCUGAAUAUAGCUAAGUUUGCCACUACCAUUAAGAUUGGAAGGGAACUUAGCUAGCGGUAAGUAAGACUGUCAAGCCACAGAUGAAAAGGGGAAGUAUCUUUGGUGCAGCUGCAUCAAAUGGCGUUCCCCUUGAUGCUAAGUUUCUAGCGAGCAAACUGAUCUACAUGAAAAGAUGCAGACCAGGAGCAAGGGCAGCAAUACACACUAACUUCCUAGAUACCAAUGCAUCAAGCUGUGCUAAACUAGCCAUCAAUUGAAUCCUGUUUACACCAUUUUCUCCUCCAGCCGUACAAUGCACAUUAACUUUUUUUUUUUUUGCAGACGGUCAGAAAUGUCAGGGUUUGACAACUUAAACACAGAUUUCUACCAGUCCAGUUACAGUGUCGAUGACCAAGGCCAACCCACUGGAUAUGGCAACAGUAACACAGAAGACCCCUACAAACAGUAUGUUUAGUCAACCUGUACAAAUUGCAUUGAUCCCAGUUACUUAUCUGUAACUCACUGUGAUCUGAAAAUACACAGGCCUGUCAACAAUUUGAAAACAAUGCAUUUUCCCCUCUGUCUCUCAAGGGCCUGUUUUGCUAGUAUUGUUCUCUAUGUGUUGCUUACUAGCUUGAUGCAUACUGUUUUUAACAAAGCCAUGAAGGUUUUCUGAGAAGUGUGCCUAUGUGACCCUCCCAGGGGUCAGUAUGACUACUCCCAACCGAUGGGAUACCCAGCCCCAGGGAUGAUGCAACCCCAGCAGCCCUACACAGGCCAAAUCUACCAGCCCACACCAGCUUUCACACCUUCCCCCACACAGUCCAUGUAUGGCAGCAGCUUUGACGACGAGCCCCCGCUGCUGGAGGGUAAGGAUAACCCGGUGGUGAGACUCCAUAGGGAAAGGGGUGGUAAAGAAUGCUAACUCAAUUGCUUGAUCCCAAAUCAAGCCCUUUCCUCUACCUCCCUAAGUACUUUUGUUGAUCUGAGAGGAUUGGCUAGUUGAAGCCAGGUGGAGCUUUUAUAUUUGAUCUUUACCUCUCAGAUUUACUCUGAAGCAUAGGAGCUUCAUACUAGGGAUUUGGGGAAUGAAGACUAACUUCUCAAGGUAUGAGAGUGGUCAGGGGAGUACAUACCAAAAGAAUCCGACUCUCGUUCAUUUCUCUCAAGUCAGAACAGUGCUAGCCAGAGCCCGGUGCAGUAAAUGGCUGGGAAAAUGUACCUCAAUCCAGGGAUGGAAUAUGUUGUUGUACUCCUAGGGCUCUAUUUAAUCUGUAUCUCGGAAGUUCAGCGUUACAGCGUGAUUAAAAUGUAAAGGCGAUGUUCCCACAUUAGCGGAGACUGCAGUCACGGUUAACGCUGCAUAUGUCGGCUCAAUCUGAAAUUACCUUUACAUUUCUAUCGCAAUCUGUAACGCUUCAGCGAUAGAUUGAAUAUAGCCCCUAAUCAAAAUUAUGAAAGGUGAAUCAAGGAGAUUGAAAUACUCCCAGUUUUUAAUUAAACUGCCGUUUUCAUCAGCAUGCUAGGCUAGCUAAUGCGAAAGCAACCCAUCGGAUUCAACUGCACUUCCGGUAGCUACUCGCCCCAACGCUAGGCGUUGCAUUUUCAUGGAAUCCAAUGGGCUGCUAUAGCAUUAGCUAACCUAACAUGCUGUCGAAAACAGCAGUUUAAUUAACUAGCCGUAUUUCAAUCAUUUUGAUUCUUAAUAAUUUCCAGAUGAUUUGGAGUACAAUGACAUACACUACAUUGCCAAAAGUAUGUGGACACCUGCUUGUCGAACAUCUCCAAAAUCAUGGGCAUUAAUAUGGAGUUGGUCCCCUCCCUUUGCUGCUAUAACAGCCUCCACUCUUCUUUGAAGGCUUUCCACUAGAUGUUGGAACAUUGCUGCAGGGGACUUGCAUUAGUGAGGUUGGGCACUGAUGUUGGGCGAUUAGGCCUGGCUAGCAGUCGGCGUUCCAAUUCAUCCCAAAGGUGUUCGAUGGGGUUGAGUUUAGGGCUCUGUGCAGGCCAGACAAGUUCUUCCCCACCGAUCUCAACAAACCAUUUCUGUAUGGACCUCGCUUUGUGCACGGGGCAUUGUCAUGUUGAAACAGGAUUCCCCAAACUGUUGUUACAAAGUUGGAAGUACAGAAUCGUCUAGAAUGUCAUUGUAUUCUGUAGCGUUAAGAUUUCCCGUCACUGGAACUAAGGGGCCUAGCCCGAACCAUGAAAAACGGGACCAGACCAUUAUUCUUCAUCCACCAAACUUUACAGUUGGCACUAUGCAUUCGGGCAGGUAGCGUCCUCCUGGCUUCCGCCAAACCCAGGUUCGUCCAUCGGACUGCCAGAUGGUGAAGCGUGAUUCAUCACUCCAGAGAACGCGUUUCCACUGCUCCAGAGCCCAAUGGCGGCGAGCUUUACACCACUCCAGCCGAUGCUUGGCAUUGAGCAUGGUGAUCUUAGGCUUGUGUGCGACUGCUCGGCCAUGGAAACCCAUUUCGUGAAGCUCCCGACUAACAGUUUCUGUGCUGAUGUUGCUUCCAGAGGCAGUUUGGAACUCUGUAGUGAGUGUUGCAACCAAGGACAGACGAUUUUUACCCGCUAUGUGCUUCAGCACUCGGCGGUCCCGUUCUGUGAGCUUAUGUGGCCUAUCACUUCGCGGCUGAGCCGUUGUUGCUCCUAGACGUUUCCAUUUCACAAUAACAGCACUUACAGUUGUCCGGGGCAGCUCUAGCAGGGCAGAAAUUUGACGAACUGACUUGUUGGAAAGGUGGCAUCCUAUGACGGUGCCACGUUGAAACUCACUGAGCUCUUCAGUAAGGCCAUUCCACUGCCAAUGUUUGUCUAUGGAGAAUGUAUGGCUGUGUGCUCGAUUUUAUACACCUGUCAGCAACAGGUGUGGCUGAAAUAGCCGAAUCCACUAAUUUGAAGGGGUGUCCACAUACGUUUGUGUAUAUAUAGUGUAUUCCAUCCCUAUGUUUGAGGUACAGUAUGUUUUCCCAGCCAUAUACCGCGCUGGGCUCUGACUGUCCACAUUCCGGCAUAGCACCGUUCCGACUCGAGAGAGAAAUGAACGAGUCAGAUCCUUUUGGCUUGGGAGCACAUAGAGAUAUAUAUAGAGGACUCUAUUGCCCAAAAGCCAAUUUUAGCAUGGGCAGCAACAUUGAGGACUUUCACCAUUUUGAAGUAGUCUACUGGGUGAGACUUCCUAUGGGUUAAGGAAGGAUCACAUAAUUCCAUCCAGGUCACCAGGAGGGAUCAGCCAAUUAAUUAUACUUGUGAGUAAACAUUCCAUAAAUGCUGGUGGCAGUAAAUCGCCAACCUUGGCUUUAUACUUGUUCAAACAACACUCCAGGUGGCAGUAUGUACCUUUCAGUUUGUUUACCAACUCAUAGAAGUAGUAGAAGAAAAUUGACUACUUCAAACUGGGGAUGGCCUCAAUGGCGCUAGCCGUGCGCUCAGAUGCCAUAACGGGACAGAUGCAACGUUGUGAUCUCUAUACAUCUCUAUGUGGGAGCACUAUGAUGGGUUUAAAUGUCUUUAGUGGGAUCUCUAUCCAUGUUGCACUCCCCUGAGACCGGAAGGCCUAGUUAAACCAGUAGAGUGGCCCAGUUGUGUGCACUAAAUGGGUCAGCAGUCAGGGAUCACCAGGGCCAUCCUGCUAAGCUGAUAAAUGUCUCUAAGUAAGGUGAUAGUCUUAUUUUGGAGAUGAGCAUAAAUCUUCCACUCAUCUGAUACAUUAGUGUGUCGUAGUGAGAGGUGUUCUCUUGAUACAAAAUAAAUGUUUGUUGCUUUUAAUUUCCUUUUAACCUGAAAAGGUGUAUGUAAUUCUAGGAGGUAUAGAGAAUUGUUUUAGUAAGGUUCUCUUUUUUUCAGACUAUAUUGUAAGAAUGAGUUGUCCCUUCUCUCACCCAACUCUUUCGCUUAUAUCUGACAUUGCUUUAAUAUCCUUUCAUGCUUUUGCUGUACCUCACAGAAUUGGGCAUUAACUUUGACCACAUCUGGCAGAAGACCCUGACAGUGCUCCACCCCAUGAAGGCAGCAGAUGGUAACAUUAUGAACGAGACUGACCUGGCUGGGCCCAUGGUGUUCUGUCUGGCCUUCGGAGCCACCUUACUUCUGGUAAGAACUAUUCUAUUACUAAUGCAGUACAGCACAUGUAUUUGUCAUUAUACCUUGUGCAAUAACAUUGUCUGCCUUGUGAAGAAAUGACUGUAAAUUCAGAUGGCUGAUGAGUUGUCCAUAUGGUUCCUGUCUGUGUCUAUCUGCUACAGACAGGAAAGAUCCAGUUUGGCUAUGUGUACGGCAUCAGCGUCAUCGGCUGCCUGGGGAUGUACUGCCUCCUCAACCUAAUGAGCAUGACAGGUGUGUCGUUUGGCUGUGUCGCCAGUGUACUGGGCUACUGCCUGCUACCCAUGAUCCUCCUUGCCAGCUUCGGAAUCAUCUUCUCUUUACAGUAAGUACAAACAUGGGCCUGAGAAUAGAGGUAGAUCUGUGGAGUGUCAGGUGGUGUACAACAUAAUAUGAGCCUACAGUAAAAUGACUGAUUUACUUUUGAUGCUCUAUUUGUUUAUGGAGAAUUCAAUUGCACAUUUUCUUACCAAACAUUUUGCCAACUGAUCUAACUAGCUUUUCUUUACCUUUUCAGAGGCAUGUUUGGAAUAAUCAUCGCAGCCACGAUAAUUGGCUGGUGCAGUUUCUCCGCUUCCAAGAUCUUCAUCUCGGCCCUGGCCAUGGACAGACAGCAGCUUCUGGUGGCGUACCCCUGUGCACUUCUCUACGGGGUGUUCGCCCUCAUCUCUGUCUUCUGAACUGUGUCUCCGUCUGU